AUGCCUCUCCCCGUUGAAUUUAAACCUGCUAACAUGUAUGCUAAGUCCCCAGAAAUGAGGGCCGAGAUUCAGCGGCAGGUUCUCAAGUGCUACCAGGAGAACUAUCUGGGUAAAGGGAAGAUUUACGAUAAGGCUGUCGUUAUCACUUUUAGUGGCGACCCAAAGGAGCAUUGUACGGUUCAGUUUCAUUCUGGAGACAGCAUGACUAUUGAACACAUCUACCAUGAAGAUGAAUCUUAA